GAACUAUUGGAACUCAAAUGCACGCACCUACAUGAUGAAUGUAGAAGUUGUAAAGGGAGAGCAUUACUCUUCCUGAUUUUAAUCUGAACCACUCUUUUUUCUUCUACUUUUUUAUUUUUCAUUUUGGGAAAGUUUAGCCAUCUAUGUACUCUUCCCAUUUUCCUAUAAGUUUUUCACACAAACACAUACAUAUCGUAUGUGUGUGGAUCACUUCUUGCCUAUAAAAAGAGAUGCUCAGAGGCUUAAGGUCCUAGCCUUCACAAAUCUAAUGAGAACUCCAUAUCUUAGCAAAAAAAUGAAGUCCUUUGCUUUUUUCGUAGUCUUUUCUCUUCUGGUUGUCAACCUCAGCUAUGCAAGAAAAGACAUGGGAGACUAUUGGAAGAAUAUGAUGAAUGGCCAACCUAUGCCUGAAGCAAUCAAAGACCUCCUUGUUCAAGAUCCACAAGUAUCAGAUGCAGUGAAGGAUCAUUUUAUUAGGGACUUUGAUAUAAAGCCUAAUAUCAUAUUAUAUCACACACAUGUUGUGCCCAACAAGCAGAAGCAGAAGCAGAAUAUUCAGCAGGCUAUGGCCAAGAAAUUAGAACCAAAGUUUCAAGGAACUGAAAGACAUGGUUGAACAAACUAUAAAAAAUUUAAGCUCAAAUCAUUUGCUCGUGAUUAGAGAUGAAGAUACAAAUAUAUCUCUAGAUAGUAUAUGACCCAUAAAGAUCAUGGUCUUAAUUUAGUAUCUUGUAGAGCUAUUUGUUUCUAAGCCUCUCUUUUUCUGCUGAACACUUGAAGCCUUUAUUUAUAGAUGUAUCUUCUAUAUGGUUAUCCCUUUUUUUAUUAGUUCCAUAUAUAUUAUCUUUGAGUCCUGCAGAAUUUUUAUGAUCAAUAGACAUGAUGCAUAUUGUCAGGAUUACUCUUCA